UGUACCGGUAUAUUCAAGUCCGCGUGUUGAGAUUCUAUCGUGUACUUAAAUAUAUUAAUUUUUUUAUCCACUUUCUUUAAUACUUUCAUCAUCGUUUUUAUUAUAAUAAAUAUUGAUUGCUUUCUUCUUUAAAUGCUUUUUUAUUAUUUCAAAUAAUAUAUUAUAUAUUAAAUAUAAUUAUGUGAUUUUCGUUUACGAUAUAAAAAUAGCGAUUUUAAAUUAUUUGAUUGAUAAAUAAAUAUGUGAUAUACCAACAUUAAAGUGAUUGAACUCAAGAUCCAGUUUAGUAACUGGAACAAGGUUCGUUCGUAUUCUUUGAGAUACAGGUGAAUAAUCAUUCGCAACUGGGCUAGGUGGGUGGGUGGAAUUUAUGAAGAAUAAGAGCGAUGGUAAUGGAUGAUUAUUAACGCAGCGCGCACUAUUAAUUUGCACGAAGCUUUCGAAAAGCCUUGAAGUCGGCUGGCGUGCCUCUCUUUACCUCUAUGAAAUCAUAGAUUUCCCGGCAGUGUUAUUAUGCGAAAAUUACGCUCUAAAAUUAGUCACAGUCCAUUACUGUAUGCACACAGAUAAAGGAAUGAGGUUGGGCACGGCAAGAAAAAAUUGCUUGAAACUCUGACUUUUUCGAUAUGUAUCUGGCUAUUAAUGUUCACACUAUAAUGAUGAUGUUAUGCUAAACGAAUCGUAAUGCAAAAUGCGCUGUCUAUGUUCACUCAUUGAUUAUUCCUAUACGAUUGAUAUAUUUCCUAUAUGAUAUUUAGUCAUAUGCCGCAUCAUAGAUAUAUCUUUGAAUACUUACUUGUAGGUUAGACAAGAUGCUGUAUGUUGUAAGAACAUUAUUUUUAAGAGUUAUCAAGAUAAAGUUACAAAGUUAAAUGAUUAAAAAUCAGAAAAUCGAUACUUUUGAUUGUCACUAUUAUGAACCAAAUAAAAAUUCUUAUUGAAAUAUUAUUUAAAAUUUUUAUCGUAUCUCAUAUGAAAACGCGUUAAAAUCUACUUUUAAAUUGCAUAGAUUUAACUGAUGAUCUACAGUAACGAUAUCUAUUGACAUAUAUAUGAAUUAAUAAACAUGGCGACGCCCAUGGUUUCAAGUAAUGUUUAAAGAUAAUUUUAAAUAUUAUAAAAGUCGAAAUCCUUGUCCUAAUUUAAAAAAUGUGAUCGACUUGAAUAAUCCUGAUUAUAAUAAAGUUAUUAGUUUUAGAGAAAAAUUGCUUGAUAUAAAAUGCGAACAUGAAUUGGGAUUAAAAUCAAUUAAAGAUUGGAAAGUUUUUGAAUUUUUAGAUAUUCCAGGACUUAUUUUUAUAAAAAAUCCAUUUACUACAUAUGGACAACGAUAUUGGAUUAUAAAAUGUUUAAAAGAAUAUUCGAAAAAACCACAUAAAUUAAAUUUACAUGCUCAUGAUGUUUUAAAUGAUGAUGAAAAUUGGUGGGAUAUAUGUUUUAAGCACUUUGAUAAAGGUGAAAUUAAUACCAAAUUAAUAUCAAAAUUAAGAUGGGCAACAUUUGGAUAUCAUCAUAACUGGGAUACAAAAUUAUAUUCUGAAACAUGCAAGACAAAAAUACCUAUAGAAUUAUCAUUGUUAACAUCAUUUUUAGCACAAACAUUAGGUUUUAAAGAUUUUAAAGCUGAAGCAGCUAUCAUUAAUUAUUAUAGAAUGAAUUCAACUUUAGCAGGUCAUACUGACCAUUCUGAACCUAAUGUUGAAGCUCCCUUAUUUUCUAUAAGUUUUGGUCAAACUGCAAUAUUUUUAAUUGGAGGACUUAUGCAAGAGGAUACAACUAAUGCUAUAUUUUUACGGAGUGGAGAUAUAAUAAUAAUGUCUGGAAUGUCCCGUUUGAGAUAUCAUGGUAUACCAAAAAUAUUAUUAACCAUUGAUAAACCAUGGGAUAAUGAAGAACUAAAUGAUAAUCAAUGCAGUAGAUUAAAUCAAAAUGAUUGGAAAAAAGCAAAAAUUUAUAUUUCUGAUGCUAGAAUAAAUAUGAAUGUAAGACAAGUGUUAAAAGUUGGACAAUUCUCUUUGUUAUAAAAUACAAAAUUGUCUUAUAUAUUUUUUAUUAAAAAUACUUAUAUCAAUUA